UGAUGUUGGAGCACUGUUGGUAGCCUGUCACAUACUGAGAGAGAGAGAGAAAGAGAGAGUGCUGCAUGAACACGCGUGUACGAACACCGUAGGUAUGGUAGUGGUGUGUAAAAUCACAGUGCGUAAUUAUUUGUAUUAUAAGCUAUUGACAGGGAUGUUAAUGUCAAUCUGAACGAUAUACAUCCUCCACAACAUGUCUCUAUGCUUUCGCGUGCUGCCUGGCAGGCUAUUAUCGUUCGUCAAUAGCCGUAAAUCACUGUCGAAGCUGGGCCGUUAUCAAUUGCGAAAGAAUACAGGAUCUACCUUUAUGAAGCAAUUUUUAGAUACGCAAAGAAUAUUCGCAAGAGCCUCUACCACGAGUAAGACGUCGGUACCUACUGUGGAUUACGUAUUACAUCAAAAUUUACCACUUUCCUCUCUCAUCGACACUUACAGUCAAUGGAGUGAAAGAUCAUUUGGUCGUCGAUUGUAUCGAUAUGAUGAUAACGUACGGAGGAAUAUGACUUAUUGGUCCCAGAUGCGCAGGUCGCAAAGGACACAAAGGCUCAGUGCCGUCGCUAAAAACAGGAAGCACAUUAUAGGAAUCACAUCGGAUGAUGUUACAGUGUCUCAGACGCAAAGUGUUAUAGGCAAUGUUAAGAAUAAUUCAUUUCUAGAUAAUAGUAGAAUAAUUGUUCCAAUUUUGGAGGAUUUUCAUCGUAGUCCAGGAUUGAGUAUUAGAAGCAACAUCCUAUUUACGGAUGUGACUCCUUUAAAAUCAAGUCAGCAGCAAUCAUCGCCGUCACCGCAAGAUACCGAGGGUAAACCAUCGCAGGAACAAAUGCAACGUGUAUUCGAUUGUCUUAGUGAAGAUUUGCCGAAGUUGUUUGUGAAGAUGCAGAAUUACGCAAUAUAUACUGAAGAUAUAAUCUUCAUCAAUAACAUAAGAGGAGUAACAACAAAGGGACUUAUGAGUUAUGUAAAACAAUUAGCACUUCUAAAGGCGCUUGGUCACGUAAAGUUCGCAUUUGUCAAGUUUGAUAUCAUAAAGAUCACAAUGCAUAUUGAAGAUGCUACAGUGAGAGUUCGUUGGCGUAUACGAGGUGUUUCAACUAUAAGAAUGCUCAGCAUUUGUUGGAAAUAUAAACUUUUCAAUAUACGAGAAGCUUUGGAAAAGGAUUCUGAGCUAUGGUAUGAUGGCUUUUCUACUUACUAUGUAAAUAGCGAGGGAAAAGUUUAUAAGCACAUCGCGGAUAAAGUGAUGCCCGAUCAAGAUGUGGCGGAGAAAAAGGAUGACUUACGUAUCGCCCCGAAAUUAGCGCUAUUUAGAGGCCUGACGGACGUGUUCAACAAUGAUGAGUGUUUUUCUGAAUUAUGUACUACGUUAAAAUUUCAUCGGUUAGAAUAAGCGAUUUGGCAAAACAGUUUGUAAAAUUAUACGACAAAAGAAAUAGUUUUACAACGUAUCUAAGAUUAUUAUAAUAUAAUGCAUUUCGUUAAAAAUUUAUCAGUAUAGCAAGCAAAACUACUAUUGAUAGUGUAAGAGAAUAUGUGAAUUAAAAGAAUAUACAUUAAAUGUAUCUA